AAUUGGCACUGAAAGAACAAAAUAAAUUAAUGGAAAGUUCACAAUGUGCGAAAUCAGUUAAGUUCAUUAAAAAUAUGCUAUAAAAUUUGUGAAAAGCCACUUUAUUGAUGUUUUCUUCAACUCAAAUUAACUGCUUGCAAAAAUUAAAAUUGUGAAGCACCAAAGUGCGCGCGGCUACUGCGCCCUUAACGAUCGCACAGCCGGACAAUAUAAGGCAAUAACUGAUAGCAGUUGGCCGAUAUUUUUGGCAGCAGACCAAAAAGCGCUUGACGUCGUGUCGUUGGUUGUCAUAUCGCUUGGCUUUUACACAUUUUAUUUUGAUUGCUCUUUCGACGGCAUUUCGAGUGUUGGUUUUUUCCAUUUUGUUUCAUUUUUGUUUUAAUUUCAAUUUCAUUUUUUCCAAAUAUUGACGCUCUGCUCGAUAUUGUCGCUUGCGGUGAAACGCAUUCAAAAAAUUCAACGCAACGCGAAUACACGUCCGGUCCGCGCACGGCUUGAUGACAACAAUGACAAUAAUACACUCGUAUACUAGUUGAGAAUGGUUAAACAGAAACGCUGAAGCCCUCAAUUCAUUUUGUAACCGUGCAUGAGCUUUGAAUUGUUAACAUAGUGUUGAGCGACAAAAAAUACUUAUUUGUGGACCGAAUAAUCUAAUCAGUUCCCAUUCGUCGUACCUUGCUUAAUAAAUGCGUCCGUUCCAAAGUUUUCAAAAUAUCCCGCUAUUACUUUGUCUGCUCAUAGUAUGUCAAUUUGUUCAUCGUAGUCGUGGUCAGUUCAUCGACGAUUCGGAAACCGAUCCAGAUGAUGAGGAGGACGAAAGUGUAGAAGAUGAAACGCCCGAAGAGAAAGCGACUCGCAAAAACAUACAGGAAGAUUCCAAUUUGCCUGUGGAUAAACUAAUUGCUAAAUACGGCUAUCCGGCGGAAGUGCAUCAUGUCACCACCGAAGAUGGCUAUAUACUGACCAUGCACCGCAUCCGCCGACAAGGAGCGCAGCCAUUCUUCUUACAACACGGACUCGUUGACAGUUCAGCCGGUUAUGUAAUAAUGGGUCCAAACAUCAGUUUAGCUUACCUUCUUUCGGACUAUAAGUACGAUGUAUGGCUGGGCAACGCACGUGGCAAUCGUUACUCUCGUAAUCAUACUAAGCUUGAUCCGGACGGUAAAAAAUUCUGGGAUUUCAGUUGGCAUGAGAUUGGCAUGUAUGAUCUGCCCGCAAUGAUCGAUUAUGUAUUAAAAACUACCGGUUUCAAAAAAAUUCAAUAUGCGGGUCACUCACAGGGUUGUACAGCAUUCUUUGUAAUGUGUUCUCGUCGACCAGAGUAUAAUAAAAAAGUAAUCAUGAUGCAAGCCAUGGCCCCGGCGGUGUAUGCCUCGGAAACAGAUGAGCAUCCUUAUAUCCGUGCAAUAAACUUAUAUUUUCGCAGUUUGGUUGGUAGCUCAGUUACAGAAAUGUUUAAUGGGGAGUUUCGAUUUCUCUGCCGCAUGACGGAGGAAACGGAGCGCCUAUGCAUUGAGGCCGUAUUUGGUAUAGUGGGACGAAAUUGGAACGAAUUCAAUAGGAAAAUGUUCCCGGUUAUUUUGGGUCACUAUCCCGCUGGUGUUGCCGCUAAACAAGUAAAACAUUUCAUUCAAAUAAUCAAAUCUGGACGCUUUGCACCUUACAGUUACAGUAGUAACAAAAAUUUGGCGCUCUAUAAGGAACACAUACCGCCGCGCUAUAACCUCUCCCAUGUCACGGUUCCCACAUAUGUCUACUAUUCUAUCAACGAUUUACUUUGCCAUCCCAGCGAUGUGGAGGCAAUGUAUAAGGACCUGGGUAAUCCCAAAGGUAAAUAUUUGAUACCAAUGGAGGAGUUCAAUCACAUGGAUUUCCUGUGGGCUAUGAACGUAAGAAAAUUGGUUUAUGCACGCAUGUUACGAGUGCUGGGAAAAAUAACGGAUCACAAAAAGGGAAAUAGUACGACGAUAGCAAGUAACAGUGUUCUGCAAAAGCGGAAACGGAGAAGAUGAUUUGUGACAUACCUAGUACAUAAUUUGUAUAGUAAUUUAUUAUAAAUUCUAAGUCGAAAUGAUUUGACCGAUAAAGCAGUUCUAGUAUAUGUAAUUAUUAUUUAUUAUUAAUUUAUUUAUUUAUGGAAAUCUAAUUACGUUAUUAUACUCUCGCAACCUGUUGCACAGAGUAUCAUAGUUUUGUUCACAUAACGGUUGUUUGUGUCACCAAGAAAUAUAAGAGUUAGAUAUGGGGUUAUAUAUACAUAAAUGAUCAGGAUGACGAGUAGAUUUGAAAUCCGUAUGUCUGUCCGUCCGUCUGUCCGUCUGUCCGUGCAAGCGAUAACUUGAGUAAAAAUUAAGAUAUCUUAAUGAAAGUUGGAACACAUGUUCCUUGGCAUCCUGAGGAGGUUGCUUUCGAAAAUGGGCAAAAUCGGUCCACUGCCACGCCCACAAAAUGAAGGAAACCGAAAACCUAUACAGUGUCAUAACUAAGUCAUAAAUAAAGUUAUGAAAAUGAAAUUUGGAACAUAGGAUCCCAUUAGGGAGGGGCACAUUUGGAUGUAAUUUUUUUGGGAAAGUGGGCGUGACCCCGCCCUCAAAUAAGUUUUUUGUAUAUAACUCGCAAACCAAUAAAGCUAUAUAAGCCAAACUUUCUGCAGUCGUUUUUUUUAGCCAUUUCCUUAUCUUAACUGGCGUAGAAACCGUUUACGCGGUUAUAGCCGAGUCCACAACAGUGCGCCACGCAUCUCUCCUUUUGGCGGUUUGGCGCCAAUUCCUUAUACAGUCCAAAAAUGAAAGAAAUCGGAUAAUAACCACGCCCACCUCCCAUACAAAGGUUAGGUUGAAAAUUACUAAAAGUGGGUUAACUCCCUAACGAAAAACGUCAGGAACACCAAAUUUUACAUAAGAAAUGGCAGAAGAAAGCUGCACUGAGAUUUUUUUACAAAAUGGAAAAUGGGCGUGGCGUCGCCCACUUAUGGGUCAAAAACCAUAUCUCAAGAACUAUUCGACCGAUUUCAAUGAAAUUCGGUAUAUAACACUUUCUUGACACCCUGAUGACACGGGUGGAAUAUGGGCGAAAUCGGUUCACAACUACGUCUACUUCCCAUAUAACCCAAUUUUGAAUUCCAUCUGAUUCGUUCACUUUAUAAUGUAUUCAUAAGGAACCAAUGAAGCUAGCGGAAUAAAACUUUACACAAAUACUGUAUUUGAGCUGUGACAUCACUUGUGGAAAAAUUGUCAAAAUCGGACCAUGACUUUUCAAGGCCCCUGAUAUCAAGCAUGAAGAACUCAGUGCCUAAGGUUAAUUUUUCACCGAAAAUAUAGGUAAAUCCCUCAGAUAUUUUAAUGUAAUUCAUUCCCUCUGAAUUUUUUUCUUAUAACAGUUUCUCUCUGUACCUGAAAUUGUAAAAAUCGGGUCAUAAUUUCCCCCAGAUCCUAUAUACCUAAUUAUAAGUAAUAUUAAAUUAAGUGAUCGUAUAGUCUUCGAUACAUUGUAUCUUGGUGGUGAAAACGAGUGAAAUCGGUUUAGGAAUUACCUCAGUCCCCAUAUACUAUUUAUAAUGGUUUUCGUUAUUCUAUUGAACUUUAUGCCGAAUAUAUGGGUCGAAUUGUGUUGUCUUUAUAAAAUUACAUCAAUAAAUUGCGAGAGUAUAAAAUGUUCGGUUACACCCGAACUUAGCCCUUCCUUACUUGUUUUUAGACUAUUGGUAAAUAAAAUAAAACUCCCACUCUUUGAAACUGUAGCAUUUUCGUUUAGUUU